CAUCUAUAAAAGUUUUAGUCUCUAACCACCACCCAGUGGCUUCUGACUGUCUGUAAUUUAAUUGAAAUAAUGGCUGGAAUUGGAAAAAUUAAGAAAGCGCAGAAAAAGGAAGAAGACGAGAAGGACGAUCUUGAUUAUGAGGCAUAUAAAAAGUUGGAUAUAUCCAAAGAGCAGCUUAAAAUGUUGAAACAAAUCUUCGACUCCUUCGAUCUGGAGAAAAGGGGAGAGAUAAAUGUUGAUAUGAUUGGACAAAUUCUCGACAUGUUAGGACACCAGCUAACAGGAGAGGAACUUCAGGGAAUCGUCAGGGAAAUUGACGAAGAUGGCAACGGGGUAAUGAAUUUCGAGGAAUUCGCUAACCUGUCCGCUAGGUUCUUAGUGGAGGAAGAGGAAGACACCGAAGCCAUUCUUAGAGAAUUAAAGGACGCUUUUAGGUUAUACGACAAAGACGGACUAGGCUACAUAGGUGUCGAUUUACUGAGGGACAUAUUAAAGGAACUGGAACCAACGUUAAAACCUUCAGAUCUGAAUGAGAUGAUCAAAGAAAUUGAUACUGACAAUUCUGGGACGGUUGACUGGGAAGAAUUCAAAGCGAUGAUGAUCGGCUAACUACGUACCUACCUAAUUAAACUCGUAAUUAGAAAACAGUGAUAAUGCUUUAUUUUAAGUUUACCCUGUCACUGUGCCAACAAUUUAUGCUCCAAUAUGAGACUUCGAGCGCUUUUAACCACGUUUAAUUGUUUAAGCUAAAAAUAAACCAUGAGGAGCGGAACUGUAUUACUUAUUUUUAAGUGGACCUGCUAAGUCAUGUACGUGCCAAAUACAUAAAUCAAAUCCAA